UCCAUAAGACCAGGAAACUACCCUUCAAGUAUCUCAUUCGCGCCUUGUCAGAAAACAUCAUAUCAAGACAACAACAGACACAAUGUCCUUCAAGGUUUUGGCCGAACAAGCGAGCCGCCUGGGCUUCAAAGUGGGUAAUUUGGCGGCUGAAACGAUUAAAGAGCAUGGGCCCAAAGCUGCAGCAGCAGCCGCUGCGUGGACGGCCCAAAACCCUGGAUUGGCUACCUGCGGAACGGUUGGUGUUGUUCUUGUCGCCGCACCUGGCCUUGUUGUUGCACCGGUGCUCUCUGUUGUAGGGUUUGGAGCUGGUGGUGUUGGAGCAGGGACCCUCGCUGCUGGGAUUCAUGGCGGAAUUGGAAACGUUGCAGCUGGUAGUACUUUCGCGGUUGCCCAAAGUGCAGGUGCUGCGGGCGCAGGCCUGGCGGUAAUCAACGGAGUGGUCCAGGGCGCAGGAGUUGCUAUGACCGCUGGCAGUGGAGUAGCCGCGUGGGUCAAAUCGAAGUUCUGAGCCUGGCAUGGUCUUUCGCGAGCCUCGAGUUGCCUCGGACGCGGAUAUGGACUAGGACAUGAGGUUAGACGUCUACGAAAAGACAGGUUUCAACGGGAUACCGGCGUGCAGGGGCGAUGAUGGCAGCGUCGAAGAUUAACGCAGCUAGCCAGGUUUCCUAACGGAAGCACUAGAGUCUUAUUGAACCGUCUGUCAAGAAUUGG